AUGCCUAAAACGCUCGAACAACAGUUUGCGGAGCUCACGAAAGAGGGCCGAAUUGAAGAGGCCGCUGUCAUUGCCGUCUUCGAUCAGCUUAAAGCCAUCCCUCCCGAGUUUAUGCUGGGCAAAUGGGAUGGAUUCCCCAUCGACACAAGCCAUACCGCCACUGAACAGCCAUUCAAAUGGGCUGGCAAGGACUUCCGAUCUCUUGACGAUGUCGAUCCUGUGAUGGUGUGGGGGAAAGAUGGCAGUCGGACUUGGAAUGCUGAUUUCGGCCAUGCACAGGUACGCGAAAUCAAGUAUCGCGGUCUUCUCACGGCCGGGAUGAUCUACGACGACUUCCCACGCAUUGAUUCCUUCCGCUUUGUGGACGAAAACACUGUGCUCGGCGCCAUGGAGGACAAGAACGUUGAAAACAACCGGCCGGUGUGGUUUUACAUGAGAAGGAUGUGA